CGGCUGCCAACCGGCAAGGUGCAAAAGUGACUUGAAAAAACAGACUUGAAAAAGCAAGGCGUCCUGUUGGUGUGUCCAAAAAUCGAGGUGCUCUGUGUGGGAAACAACCAUUCGUGUAUCCCGGGUUUGCCUUGAGAGUACAGCGUUGUUGGAACGGAUUCGUUGUUCGCUCGACAACGUGCUCCAGCGUUGACAGUUCGUACGAGCUCGUUGACUGUGAAUCGUUGCGAACGUGAACGUCACCUCACGUACCCUUACGUGUCUUCUGGAUCGGCGUUGCGACACACUGCUACCAUGGCCGAUCAAAAAAUCAUGAAGAAACGGCUCAAGGAGCUCAUGAAUCGUCCAGAAAAUCAAGUUUGCUCGGAUUGCCCGGAACGCCAACCCCGUUGGGCGUCACUCAUUGUGCCUCCGCCGGGGGCACCCCCGGGGUCGCUCCCCAUGGGGGCUUUCUGCUGUUUGGAAUGUUCCGGUUCCCAUCGACGAUUAGGAGUACACAUUUCCUUUGUCCGCUCCAUCAAUCUGGAUUCUUGGAAAGAGAAGGAAGUCAUGUCGAUGGAAAAUGGCGGCAACGCCAAGGUCAACGCAGUCUUUGAAGCGAACUUGGCUCGAUCCGGAGCCGCCAAGCCAACCAACUUGGCCGAUGGCCCUACACGGGAACGUUUCAUCCGGGACAAAUACGAACGUCGCAAAUACUACGACGCCGCGGCUUUUGGUAACCUACCGACACCGUCUCCCACGGCGAAUCGCACUAGCACCAGCGCACCGUCCAGUGCAGUCGGACCGCCUUCGGAAGCCGCCCGACAACGCAUGGAAGCACGUCGUUUGAAAAAGUCGCAGUCGGCUUUUACUGCCGAUACACAGAGCCAUGCUAUUGCCAAUACGGCUCCACCGAAACGGGCCACCUCCUCGGUCGGUAC